AUGCCUGAAGCAAGCCAUUCACUAUUCAUUGCUAAACUGCUCUUGAUGCUAGCGUCGUCAGCUGUCGUUGCUAUUGUUGCCAUCCUGUUCAGGAGUCUUAUGGCAUCUGAAAGUGGUGCACUCGAGAUCAGCGAUCCUUCAUCCAGUGCCAACUUCAAUGAAGCACAUGUCGAGCACUUCACGCUGAAUUGGGAUGUNUCAGCGAUCCUUCAUCCAGUGCCAACUUCAAUGAAGCACAUGUCGAGCACUUCACGCUGA